AAAGCAGUCGUGUGCCCGAAGGAGGAGGAAAUCGGUAGGUGCACCCGAGUUCUCCACUUUCGGUUUUAGUGAUUCGCUAACCGUUCAACGAACGACUCCUCCGGAUAGAAGCGGAAGAGCCAUUCGGUCUUCCGGUCAUCCUGUACCCAUAUGCCCAGAAGUGAAGAGAUUGAAAUAAAAUUGCUAAAAUGAGGAAAGGUGAAGGUGGCACUUGUGAAAAGUAUUGUUUCAUGACUCAGAUGGUUAUCGAACAGGUGUUCGGUAGAAAUUGAUUCAUUUUUCAAAGAUAUCGUAGUAUUGGGAGACAUAGUACUGGAGGAUCAAAGAAGAGAUUGAUUUUUAAUGAGAAAAAUCUGUUGAAUGAUCUUCAUUGGCAAAUUGAAUAUCAUUGGAGAGGAAGGCUUUGUUUCUUCUUUUGGAGAAAGGAAGACGACUCUGCGAAGGUGAACAGGAACUGCAAGGAUUCGAGGAUACUAGUAAAUAUCCUACAUGGACUGCAGAAGAGACGUGGGAUGGUUUGAAGAAAUUUUAGACGAAUCAAAGAAUUUGGGAAGAGAAAAUAUUGUGCUUGCACAUUUUUGCUAAAUUUUAAGGAAAGAAGAAAAUAUAGUUAAUUGUGCCUUAGUUAAAUUUGAGAAGGAAGAAAAGAAGAAAACUUGAAGAUAUAUAAAAGACAGUUUAAAAUAAUUAUUUCAUCGUGUUUCACUGUUAAAAAGAAGUUUCGGUUUACGAAGAAUGGACGUGUGAGGAAAUUUGUCAAAAAAUUAGCUGAAGACAAUAGAAACAUCCGUACAAAAUGCCGCUGUCUGUGAACAACAACUCGAGUAACGACGAGAAAACGUCGCCAGUCGAGCAAAACGGCAAUUCCGAAAGCUUUUCAAUAUCAAAACUUCGCCAAGCCCUGCCACAAUGCUGCGCAGUUAGCGCCAAGAACCUUCUGAUGAUCACUUUCGGCUCUACCUUGGGGUUCUCCACCAUUUUGAUCCCAGAAUUGCAGAAAGAGAACUCAGAAAUACCAGUUACCACCGAGGAACUGACCUGGAUCAGUAGCCUGAACUUAUUCCUGGUCCCCAUUGGUUGCUUCGUCAGUGGCCCCAUAUCCCAGUACCUAGGUCGAAAGAAGACCAUGAUGUUGACCACCAUCCCGUUCAUAGCAGCAUGGAUCAUUUACUAUUAUGCAACCAGCGCUGGGAUGCUGUUCAUCGCAUUAGCCAUGACGGGAUUGACGGGGGGUUUGCUGGAGGCACCUGUGAUGACCUACGUGGCGGAAGUGACACAGCCUCACCUUCGAGGCAUGCUGUCCGCCACAUCUAGCAUGUCCAUCAUUCUGGGGAUAUUUACGCAGAUGUUAGGUGGUAAGCUGGGUAACUGGAGGACUGUCAGCCUGGUCAACCUGGCUUAUCCACUCAUCUGCUUCGUUGCCCUGUGUCUGGUACCGGAGAGCCCUUAUUGGCUCGCAGCAAAGGGUCGUACAAGAGAAGCAGAGCAGGCCCUCUGCUGGCUGCGAGGUUGGGUCAGUCCAGCCCAGGUGCAGUCAGAGUUCCGAAUUAUUUGUCAGGACGUCCACAAGCCAGCAGAGUCAAAGGAGAAGAUUUGGAAGUCUUUCAGUAAGAGGACCUUCUACAUGCCCUUCUUGCUGGUCACCUGUGCCUUCUUCAUUGGGGCAUUCGGCGGCACGAUUACUCUUCAGACCUUCGCCGUGAUGAUUUUCGUCAAACUGAACGCUCCCAUUGAAGGAUACACCGCUGCAGUGUUCCUUGGUUUAGCCGAGUUGGUAGGAACGCUGAUCUGCGUCCUCGCCAUCCACUUCGUCGGGAAGCGUGUGUUGAACUUCGUGUCCAUCGGUGGCACAGGUCUCAGUUUCUGUCUGGCCGCUAUCUACGGCUAUCUGAAUGAUAGUCAGGUGAUCGACGUGGAGAAGUACACCUGGAUGCCCACCACCUUAAUGAUUGGAGCCGCCUUCCUCUCGCAUGCUGGGAUACGGCUGCUGCCUUGGGUUCUGGCUGGUGAGGUCUUCCCUGUAAAGGUGAGAAGCAGCGCCACAGGAGCGGCAGGUUCCAUGGGCUACAUCUUCACCUCCACAGCCAACAAGGUGUUCCUCUACAUGGUGAAUGGGAUGUCCCUGGCUGGAACGUUCCUUUUCUAUGCACUGAUUAACUUCGUUGGAGGGUGUUUGUUGUAUUUUAUACUGCCAGAAACAGAGGGUAGGACUUUGAAGGAGAUCGAAGAACACUUUGCCGGAGUUCAGAAUUUGAAGAACAGACCCAAUAAAGAGGAGGUACAGUUCAAAGAGAAAUGGGCUGCGACCAAUCCGGCUAUUAUCUACGAUGACAAUGAAAGUAAACUUUGAAUUGGAAUAAUUCAUUUGGGUAAGAAGAUUAACCUUUUGGAUGAUUUUGACAAUUUUGAAGAAAUUGUAAUGAUACUGUUUAGUUCCUUGUUGAAUUUAACCCUCGGACAAUGGAUCACUGCGAUUAGUUUAAUAUAUUUCAUAGGUUUGGGUCGCUAUUGACUCAGCCCCAACCUUUACAGGGUUAAGAGCUUUACGUUAGGUCGAUAAAGAAGGCAUUUUCUAAUCAAUUUCGAAUAACAUUUUUGUAAAUAAGAUUAUACUGCGAUUGUUACUUAUUAUUACAUUAAUGACACUUUACAAUUAUAAUUAUAAAUCAUAUUGAAUAUGCAAUAGCGAUAAGUUUAAUUGUAAAUAAGAAUUCAGGUGUAUUUUGACACUGUGACGUUUGACAAGAAUGUGUUCAUGGCAAGCUUCAAAUUGCUGAAUAAAGCACAAUGUAUUUUAA